UUGGCCACUAUAAAGUGCGCUUAUGUUCCUGUUGCAAUAAAAUAUCCCUUCAAAUAUGAACCAAUAUAAGGAUGAUCGCUAUAUGGCUAUGUGCAGUGAAAGAACCUUACAGACGAACUCAAAAGGGUUUUUCAUGAACUUCGCCCAGCUGGUCAGUGAAAAUGUAGGAGAAGAGUGGAUAAAACAUGUAUUCGGCAAACUGAAAACCGACAGGCAACGAAUUAGGUUGGUGUACAAUCACAAACAGACUAUGCUUCCUAUGACUGACGUACUGAGCAACGUGCAAGAAAUCUACAGAAGAAAAAGUGCAGAGGUUUCAGAAGCAAAACGACUGGAAGCAGAAAAGGCGACCAAAGAAGGAGAUCUGCAGAAGGCCUUGCUUCUCUAUAGCCAGAGCGUUCUGAGAGCACCCAAAACAGGGCUUUAUACCAAAAUGGAAGCGUCUCCAUUAUCAUUGGCCCUAUGGGGUCGAGCUCAAAUCCUCUUAUCCCAAAAAGAACACUCCUUAGCCUUGUCCGACAUGCAACUGGCUUUGAAGGAAGGCCUUCCAAUUGCCUACAAAGGAAAGUCUUUCUGGAAAAUGGCUGUUUGCUAUAAGGCUUUAAACGAGGAAAAUCGAGCUAACGUGGCUUUCGCUCUAGCCGAGAAGCUACUGGGCAGCAAAUUAAACAAGGAAGAACUGGAAAGAGACAGGACAGCUAGUUACGUGGAGAGGAAGAAAGAGAAUAGGAGAUUUUUGCCCUCUAUUGAGGGACAGCCUCACUCUACGUUUCCCUGUGCUUCAAAGAAACUGUCUGUAAGGCACAAGGAAGGAGUGGGUCGUUACGUAGUGGCUAACGAAACUGUUAAAACAGGUGAAACAUUAGUCGUCGAACCUCCAUAUGCAGCUUGCCUGCUGCCUGAAAUGUUUGGGACCCACUGUCAUCAUUGCUUCGACAGACUGGUAUCCCCCAUAGGAUGUCUAGACUGCUCAAACGUGGCAUUCUGCAAUCAAGCUUGCCAAGAGGCUGCUCUUUCAACUUACCACAAGUAUGAGUGCAAAUUUCUGGACCUUCUCCUAGGAUCAGGCAUGAGCAUCCUUUCCCACACCGCUUUAAGGAUGAUAACACAGAUAGAACUGAGUAAAUGUUUAGAAAUUUACAAGGAUAGGUCCAGGGAGAAGGUUUAUUCGUUGUGCACCAACGCGAGCAUCAGACCUGCUGAGGAUUUUUUGCAAAGGACGCUGAUGGCAGCUUUUCUGCUCAGAUGUCUUCAGAAAAGUGGAUACUUUGGAAGAGGCGAUAGAAACAGAAUCGCACCCACAGAGGAGGAAUAUUGCAUAGGGGAGCUGCUCCUGUUCCAUCUGCAAAUGUUACAAUUCAAUGCCCACGAGAUAUACGAGACUAGAAACGCCGGUGAGCGGGGUUUCAAACGAUCCAAGGUCGUUUACAUAGGGGUGGCGGUGUACCCCACGGUGGCUCUCUUCAACCACGACUGCUACCCCGCAGUCACCAGGCAUUUCGUUGGCAAGCAAAUAGUCAUCAAAGCCUCCCGUCCAUUGCAACCUGACGACGUGGUGGCUGAAAACUACGGCCCCAUAUUUACCAGGAAAUGCCUGAAAGAGAGACAGAGGUCUUUGUCUUCCAGGUAUUGGUUCGACUGCCAGUGCAAGGCAUGCACUUUCAACUGGCCCACAUUGGAUACAGGACUCGAAGAUUAUAGUAAAAGGAUAAGAUGUACAAAUAAGAACUGUUCCUUCUUUUUCACCCUACCUAUAUCGAAUGAUGUCGUAAAAUGCCCCAAAUGUAAGGAGACUGUCGCAUUAACAGAAAAUCUACGGUUGCUAAAGUGGUGCGAAGGUCAAUACGAUGAAGCAGCUAAAGCCCUGAGUUCCAAUGACCCAGAAAAGGCUACUCAAAUACUUUGCAGCGCUCUUGAUACUUUCCACAGGAUAUCUCUGGCGCCUCAUAAAGCUACUCAUUUGGCUGAACAAAUGUUACAACUUUGUGUAGCUAGUACUGGCAAUGUGUCAUCAACCCUCAUGCGGAAAUAGAGGUUUUAUUCCACAAAAUGUA